GUGUAUACAUAAACACGAAACACAGAGGACCAAAGGAGCAAGCAAGCAUCAAUGGCAGCAACUUCUGUAUUCUCUAGAACCUUCUCAUCUGUUUCUCUUUCUCACAUACCUAACUCCCCUUCUCUUCCGUUCAUCUCUCGCAACUUUUCUCAUCGCAAAACAUCAUCACGAACAUGUUUAACGAUCAGGAAACAUGGUGCUCUCAAGGUUCACUCCAUGACUGCUUCCUUUGACUCUCGGUUAGAAGAUACUGUCAAGAAAACAGUCGCUGAUAAUCCCGUUGUUGUCUACUCCAAAACCUGGUGUCCGUAUUCUUCUGAAGUGAAGUCGUUGUUUAAUCAGAUUGGUGUGCAGCCGCUUGUUGUUGAAUUGGAUGAAAUUGGUGCGCAAGGACCACAGGUACAGAAAGUUCUUGAACAGCUAACUGGACAACAUACCGUUCCAAAUGUUUUUAUUGGGGGCAAGCACAUAGGCGGUUGUACAGAUACUGUCAAUUUACAUAGGAAGGGGGAACUUGAAGCUUUGCUGGCUGAGGCGAAAAACACCUAACUCGAUAUUGCUCAACUGUUUUGAUGCACAACCUUAUUUUCUGAAUUGUUGUGAUGCACAAAAAAUGAUAUAUAUUUUUUUGCUGUUUUGUUGGCCAAACUUGACUAAUUUUGAUGUAAUCUUGUUGAUCUUGUGAUAUAACUGGAUUAAAAGGAUGAGUAGCAUGCUAAA